AUGUCUCCCAUAGAUAAAUCAGAAUAUACAAAAAUACCGGAAACAAGCAUCAAGGUCCGUUCUGCUUCCGAGUCGAGCACAGCGUCGGAUACCGACGACGCGCCACUCGAUGGCUAUCUGCCGUAUCUUCUCCCCGCUGCCGGUAGCUCGCCCCAACAACUACAGCUACAACAACGACAACAGCAGCGACAUCCCUCGGCGCAUCUACAGGACCUCGAGGAGAUUCCCCAGGGCCGCCACUUGGGCCUAUUUUCCACGAUUGUGCUCUUCAUCAGCCGGAUCUUGGGAAGCGGCAUCUUUAGCAUAACGUCAGGGAUAUACAUCGACUGCGGCCAAUCGCCCAUGUUGUUCUUUUCAGCGUGGCUCCUCGCGUGUGUAGCUUCGUUUGGCGGGCUCUACGUUUUUUUGGAAAUGGGCUCCCUAGUGCCCCGCAGCGGUGGCGCCAAGGUGUUUUUGGAGUUUUUGUACCCGCGCCCCGCGUUGUUGGCCACGGUGGCGUUCUCGAUCUACUCGGUCAUGUUUGGGUUCACCAUUAGCAACGUGCUUGUGUUUGGGGAGUACUUUAUCCACGCGUUGGGGUUGCGUGUAACUCCGACGAAUAUCCGGGUGACGGGGUUGGUGUUUUUGUACGGUGCCGCGUUGGUGCAUGGCGUCAGCGUGAGCCACGGUGUCCGCGUGCAGAACUUCCUCGGCGGGUUGAAGUUGGUGCUUGUUGCAAUCAUGGUUCUAAGUGGAUUGUAUGUGAUUUUAUUCCCGCAGGAAAUCACGGGAGUUGAAAACCAUUUGAAGUUUGAUCACAGUUUUUUCGAGAUUUCCCCUGGUGAUGCUAAAAAGGCCACCAUUUCUACGUUUUCCAGCGCGGUGAUCAAGGCCAGUUUUGCGUUUAGUGGAUGGAACUCGGUCCACACGGUCUCGAACGAGAUCAAGGACCCCGUGCGCACCUUCAAGAUUGCGGGACCGGUGUCGUUGGCGGUGAUGAGCGUCACCUAUUUCAUCAUCAACUGGGCGUAUUUGAAAGUGAUACCACCAGAGGAGAUUGUCAAUUCUUCAACGCUUGUAGGCUCGAUCUUGUUUGAGAAAAUCUUGGGCCAAAACUUGGGACGCCAUUUCUUGACAUUCUCGAUUGCCUUGUGUGCUGGCGGCAACAUCUUUGUUGUCAUUUACACAAUCUCGCGCGUGGACCAAGAAGUGUUUCGUGAAGGCUAUCUACCAUUCUCGAAAUUCAUGUCCUCGAAUUGGCCCUGCGGUGCCCCCUUCCGCGCCUUGGUUUUAAGUUGUUCCAUCACCACGUUGGUCAUCUUGGGCUUCCACCAGGGCGAUAUAUACAGCUACAUGGUCUCACUCGAAGGGUAUCCGCAACAAAUUGCAAUUGCAUUGAUUGCAUUUGGCAUAUUUUUAAUCCGCUUCAAAUACCCCCACUUGCAAGCGCCUAUCCGCGCGGGAUACGUUGGCACCACGGCGGUAUUGUUGAUUAGUAUUUACUUAUGUGUCGGGCCUUUUAUCCUGAAAAGCUCGCCGAACCCCAAGGGAUUGGAAAACUGGCCUAAUUACGGACUUGUCGGGUUGACGUGUGUGUUGAUUUGCAUUAUGUACUGGUUUGUCAUGUUUCGCUUGUUGCCUUAUUUUGGCAAGUAUACGUUGGUAGCUGAAGAGGUCAAGUUGAGCGAUGGGCUAACUGUUAAAGAGUGGGAGAAAGUACGCGAUUACUCCGUGUUGCCCCAUUAG